UCAACACUGACUGCAUUACUUCUCUUGGAGUUCUCUUUCAACACAACAGCAUUUUGCGUUACAAGUCAGUUCCUAUUCACAAUUUAUUUGUUUCCUACGGCCAUCUGCACUCAUUAAACAAAACCAAUCACUAAUCUUUGUCUUCCUUUCAUUGUUUUUUUCUUCAUUUGUGGCAUUUUUGAAAAUGUCUGAGUUCUUGCUUGGAAUUCUGCUGGAGAAGGUGAUCCCCUCGGUCAAGGAAAAAUUUUCAGCCUUCUCUGGAAUCAAGAAAAAGACUGAAGACCUAUCAGACACUUUAGGACUGAUCAAAGCUGUUCUUGAUGAUGCUGAGGAGAAACAAUGGUCAAACCCCCCUAUCAAGUGUUGGCUCCAACAACUUAAAGAUGCUGUGUACAUACUGGAUGACGUCCUUGAUCAGUUGCCUAUGGAAUCUUCUCAAGAUGGGUGGUUAUCCUCUUUCAAACCGGACAACAUCGCGUUUCGCUGUAAGGUUGGACGCAAGCUGAAUGCGGUCAAAUGGAAAUUGGAUCGAAUUGCUGAAGCUAAGAACAAGUAUCUUCUAAAGGAGGGUGUCAGGGAGAGGCCAACUGAAGUGGCUGAAUGGCGCCAAACCAGCUCAACUAUUGCCAGUCCUCAAGUAUUUGGACGAGAUGCAGAUAAAGAGAAGGUUUUUGAGUUUCUUCUUAGCCCGACACGAAACUCCGAGUUCCUUUCUGUCUAUGCCAUUGUUGGCUUAGGUGGUCUUGGGAAAACAACACUUGCUCAGUUGGUCUACAAUGAUGAACAAGUAAGUAGCCAUUUUAACUUGAAGAUUUGGCUUUGUAUUUCUGAGACUUUCAAUGUCACAAGUAUUUUAUGUUCCAUUGUACAAUCUAUCACAAAGGAUAAGUGUGAAAUUUUGGAGCUAUCUGUGAUGGAAGAAAAAGUGAAAGGGCUGCUCCAAGGUAAAAAGUUCUUGUUGGUUUUAGAUGAUGUGUGGAUAGAAAACAAACAAUUUUUGAAGCUGGGAUUAAACGAAGACAAAUGGGAUCAGUUGAAAUCUGUUUUGUGUUGUGGAUCCAAAGGUGCCUCUGUUUUGGUGUCCAGUCGUGAUAAAGAGGUUGCAACAAUCAUGGGUGCAUACCAAGCUCAUGAUUUGUCGGGCCUAUCUGAAGAUGAUUGUUGGUCAUUGUUCAAACAGCGUGCAUUUAGAGCUGACAAAGAGGAGGAUGAAGAGCUUGUAAAAAUCGGCAAGGAGAUAGUGAGCAAGUGUGGGGGAUCACCUCUGGCGGCAAAAGCGUUAGGAGGUCUGAUGCGCUCUAGAAAUACCAAGAAGGAAUGGCUUGAGGUUAAGGAAAGUAGCCUAUGGAGUUUACCUAAUGAGAAUCAUAUUUUGCCUGCAUUGAGGUUGAGCUAUUUUCACCUAACACCAACAUUGAAGCAGUGCUUUGCUUUCUGUGCCAUAUUCCCCAAAGAUACAAGAAUCAAUAAACAAGAGUUGAUUCAUCUUUGGAUGGCCAACGGGUUUAUUUCAUCUCGGGAAAAUGUAGAGGAGGUUGGCAACAGGAGUUGGGAUGAAUUGUGCCAAAAGUCAUUUUUUCAAGAUGUAAAGAUUGAUGAUAAUUCAGGUGAUGUUUGUUUCAAAAUGCAUGAUCUAGUCCACGAUCUUGCUCAGUCAAUUGCAGACAAAGAAUGUAUGUGUUUGGAGAAAGCAAACCUGACUGACUUGCCAAGAAACAUACAUCAUAUUGGUUUCGACUGUGAUGGAAGAUGUGAAAAAACACCAUUCAAAAAGGGAGCAUGUGAGAAAGUUAAAUCUCUGCGGACGUUAUAUCAUUUGAAUUGGUGCAAUCGGUGGGAGACAACAUCUUAUCUUCAUCCAUCAAACAAUUCUCUUCGAGUUUUAUGCAUAAUUCCUUCCAAAUUUCCGUCACUCGGAAGUUUCACCCAAUUGAGAUAUUUAGGACUUCGUGGUCUGGAUAUAAAGACUAUCCCCGAUUCCAUUUACAAUUUGCGUAAAUUGGAAAUCUUGAAACUAAUCAAGUUUAAAAAUCUCUGUUGUCUACCAAAACACUUGACUCGCUUGCUUAAUCUCCGACAUCUAGUCCUUGAGGGUUGUGAUUCACUAUCUGAAAUGUGUCCAGACAUCCACAAACUGUGUGAAUUGAGAACACUAAGUGUAUACAUUGUGAAAUCGAAGAAAGGGCAUAAUUUGUCAGAGUUACAUUCUUUGAAUCUGGGAGGAGAACUAAGCAUCAAAGGCCUAGAAAAUGUUAGGAGUAGAUCUGAAGCUCAGGAUGCCAAUUUGAAGGGUAAAGAAGACCUCAAGGUGUUAUAUUUGCGCUGGAAAAACAGUGGUAAAAAGAAGUCAGUUCCUGUGGAAGAUGUACUUGAAGCGCUCCAACCUCACUCAAAUCUCAAGCAGUUACAAAUAUUUGACUACGAGGGAUUACGUUUUCCAACUUGGAUGGGAAACAAUUCAACUCUCAACAAUUUAGUUUAUUUGGUACUUGACGGAUGUCGUAACUGCGGACAACUUCCUCCAAUCGGCAAACUUCCAUUUCUGAAGAAGCUUGCGAUAAUGUCCAUGAAUGAAGUGCGGUACAUUGAUGAAGAUAAAAGUUACGACGGUGUUGAAGCAAAGCCAUUCCCAUCUUUGGAGGAGUUUCAUGUGUUCCGGUUGCCAAACGUGGAGCGGUUGUUGAAAUGGGAAACAACAAACAUGUUCCCCUCUCUUUCUAACCUGUAUAUAGUCGGCUGCCCUAAUCUGCAAUUGCCAUGCCUUCCACAUGUUAAAAAACUUACUGUUUCGGAAUACUGUAGGAAUGAGCUACUGCGGUCAAUCUCUAAUCUCAACGGUCUUAACGAACUUCAUCUUGAAAGAGGUGGAGUGCCGUGCUUGCCAGAGGGAAUGAUGAACAACAUGACCUCUCUUGCAACUCUGCAGAUAUUAUCUUUCAGUGAAUUGAAGGAACUGCCAUCUGACAUCACAAAACUAACUGCUUUGUCUGAUCUAACCAUCUUUGACUGUGAUAAGCUGGAGUGUUUACCAGAACAGCAUUUCGGAAGCUUAUCUUCACUUCGAAAAUUGUCAGUUCAUAACUGCAAGGGUUUGGGAUCCUUGCCUGAUGGUGUUCGGCACUUAACUUCACUUGAAUUUUUGAGUAUUAAAGGCUGCCCAGUGUUGAAAGAGCGGUGUAAGAAGCGAAGAGGGGAGGAUUGGCACAAGAUAGCACAUGUUCCCCGUGUACAUUUGUGAAGUAAUCAGUGCAUCUAUUUAUUGUAUUCUUAGUUUAUACACUACUAAUUGCCUUUCUCUUUUCUUAGUGUAUUUGCAUAAUCAUGGUUUCAAUGUGUCAGUAAUGUAUUUUAUCUUCAUUUGUAGUGCUCAUUCAGAUUA